AUGAGUAUUAGUGAACCUACACUCUAUGUGAAGAAGGCUGAGAAAGAAACCUUACUAAUUGUGUCUCUGUAUAUAGAUGACUUAUUGGUUACUGGUUACAGGAGUGAUCUGAUUGAAGAAUUCAAGAAACAGAUGCAAGAUGUUUUCAAGACGAUUGAUUUAGGCUUGAUGACCUACUUCCUUGGUAUGGAAGUGAAUCAGAAUGAGCAUGAUAUUUUUAUAAGCCAGCAAGAUUUUGCAUUGAAGGUUCUAAGCAAAUUUUGCAUGGCAAACAGCAAGCUUGCUAGCACUCCUGUGGCACUAGGAGAAAAACUCUCAAACAAUAGUGAACAUGAUCGUGUGGAUGAAAAUAGCUACAGAAGCAUGAUUGGUUGCCAACUCUACUUGACAGCAACAAGGUCAGACAUCAUGUAUGCUGUUAGCCUUCUAUUGAGGUUUAUACAUUCCUACAAUGUAGCUCAUUUCAAGAUUGCUAAAAAAGUCUUAAGAUAUGUCAAAGGGACUUUAGGCUAUGGUGUGAAGUUUGAGAGAGCUGAAGAACUGAAGCUGAUUGGCUAUUCAGGCAGUGAUUGGGCUGGUUCAAUUGAUGAUAUGAAGAGCACAUCGAGUUACUUCUUCACUCUAGGAAUGCUGAUCAAAUGGAAGCAAACAGAGAUCAAAGUUGACAAUCAGUCAGCUGUUGCAAUUGCCAAAAAUCCUAUGUUUCAUAGCAAGACUAAGCAUUUCAAGAUCAAGUAUUAUUUUGUGAGGGAGGCAGAGUUGUUAAAGGAAAUCAACUUGGUCAAUUGCUGCUCGGAGGUUCAAUUUGUAGACAUUUUGACUAAGCCAUUAGCUGCCACAAGGUUCGAGUAUUUGAAGAAAGAAAUUGGAGUCUACUGCUUUGUAGUCAAGGAGGAGUGCUGGAAGUUAGUAACAUAUCAGCAGCAUGCAAGUGUCCAAGUAGAAAUGAAGUAG